AUGGAGAGGUAUUUUAAGAGAAAAUCAACCGAAGAUAACAUCUCACCCUCUACAACGGAUAUUCCUGAAAGUUCAAAUGAAAAUAACAUAGAAAGUAUACUGGCAAAUCUUCCAGGAGAUCCUGGGCUUCGACUCCGGAUAUCAGAAUAUGAUCCAAAUAUUAGAGAUCAGCUUGAGAUUCUAGACCAAGCAGGUAAUGACAAUUUUACUAGUAAAGGUUUUCAUAAUUGGAAGAAAAAAUGUCGACUUCGAGUUCAUGUUGGAGGCCCUAAUAGUGCUCACAACCAAGCUUUACUUCAUUGUGAAGCUUUAAUGAAUCAGAAUCAACAUAUUCAAACAAUUGUUCACAAGCAGUUGGAUCAAGCACGUAUUGAUUAUCGCACUCGUUUGAAUGCAUCACUUGAUUGCAUUCGCUUUUUAUUGCGACAAGGUCUUGCUUUUCGCGGUCAUGAUGAAAGUGAAGAUUCAAGCAAUAAGGGUAAUUUUCUUGAGCUUUUGAAGUUUCUCGCAGAUCAUAAUGAGGGUAUUAAAGAUGUGGUGUUUAAAAAUGCUCCUGAAAAUCUCAAGUUAACAUCACCUGAUAUUCAAAAAGAUCUUGUGUAUGCAGCAGCAUGUGAAACCACUAAUGCUAUCAUGUCUGAUAUUGGUGAUAAUGCUUUCUUUUCUGUUUUGGUUGAUGAAUCGCGUGAUAUAUCAGUCAAGGAGGAAAUGGCAGUUGUACUUCGCUAUGUGAAUACCAACGGACAAGUAGUUGAAAGAUUUGUGGGCAUAAAGCAUGUUCCUAAUACCACUGCUAUUUCACUUAAAGAGGCAAUUGAUCAAUUCUUCUCUAUAAACGGAUUAAGCAUAUCUAGAUUGCGUAGACAAGGUUAUGAUGGGGCUAGCAAUAUGCAAGAAAUAUUGGGAAUCACAAAUGUGUUGUCACAUGCAUUGCAAAAGAAAGAUCUCGAUAUAGUGAGUGCUAUGGCUUUAGUCAAAGCAUGUAAGCAACAACUACAAGCGAUGAAGGAUAAUGGAUGGGAUGCUUGGCUUGAUAAAGUUUCUUCUUUUUGUGGCAAGCAUGAUAUUGAUAUUCCUGAUAUGAAUGACAUCUUCGUAGCUCGAGGGAGGUCACGGCGUAGAGUUGAAAAAUUGACAAACCUUCAUCAUUACCGUGUUGAUCUCUUUAUUGAUGUUAUUGAUAAGCAACUUUAA